AUGCUGAGACCUUGGAAGGCUCUGGCCUUUGCUUCCCAUCACAGUUUGGACAACUUGGUGGCAGUCUUCUAUGUGAACCACUUGGGACAAAGUGGUAUCACACAGAUAGCUAGCAGAAUCAUCUAGGGUGAACUACUUUUGGAUGAAAUACUUACUCCGUUUGGGUGAAAUACUUACUCUGUUGAUGGUCACGAUGUGGAGGCUCUGUGCCAAGGAAACUUGAACAACAAGCCCAUUGCAGUAGUCAACAAGCCCUUCAAGGACCGGGGCAUCCCCAGCCUCUAGGAUGCAGAAAAUUGGCAUGAAGGGCCAGUGCCAAAAGAAAGAGCAGAUGCCAUCUUGCUCAAGUUCACUGAGGACCAGACACAGACCAACAGGAAUCAACCACUGAACUUCAUCCCUGCUGAAGAUUCACCUCAAAUCAACAUCAAAAGUAUGAAAAUGAACUGUCUACCUGACUAUCAAGUGGGCAACAAGACAGCUACAGGAAAAGUACGUUUGGCUCAUGCCAGUAAGAGAGUUCUAGUCUUGGAUGGGGGCACAAAGAACAUUGUCUUUUCUGAGACAUAAGAAUACCUUGAGUGGUUUAUUGAAAGUUUCAUAGCUGAGAAAAACAUGGUAAGUAUGGUUCUGGGGUGUGCCACUCCUGGUUGAGGCAUUGCUGCCCUUCCCAUCCAAGCAUUUGAUUAGCUUCCGAUGGAAGCCAUAUCUCAAACCAACAUCAAUCUUAUUGGUUCCCACUGUGGAGUAUCCAUGGGUGAAGCUGGACUCUUCCAAAUGGUCCUAGAGAAUGUAGUAAUGUUCCGAAGCAUUCCCAAUUGCAUCAUUUUCUACCCAAGUGAUUCCACUUUCACAGAGCAUGUGAUUUGUUGAGCUGCCAAUACUAAGGAAUAUGCUUUAUUCUGAACCAUCCAUCUGGAAACUUCAGUUUUUCAUACCCCACAAGAAAAUUUUGAGAUUGGCCAAGUCAAAGUCAUCUGUGAGAAUGUUAACGACAAAGUCAUAGUGAUUGGAGCUGAAGUUACUCAUCAUGAAGUCUUAAUAGCUGCUGAUUAUCUUUCUCAACAAGUUAAUUCUGUCCGUGUUAUCGACCCAUCUACCAUUAAACCCCCAGAUACUGCCACUAUUAUCACCAAUACAAAAGCUACAGGUGGCCAGGUUAGCACAGUGGAGGACGAAUAGAGUGAAGGUGGCAUUGGAGAAGCUUUGUAUGCAGUCAUGGCCAGGGAGCCUGAUAUCCUUACUCACCAGCUGGCAGUGUGAGGAAUGCCUCAAAGUGGGAAACCCAGUGAAUUGCUGGAUAUGUUUGGAAUCAGUGCCAGACACAUCAUAGCUGCUGUGCAGCUAUACUUUAAUGAACUAAAAUAG